UCGUGCCCGCGCCCUCCUCGCACCCGCGACGCCCCCGGACACCGACCGCCGCCCCGCGCGCCGCCCCGCGGCCCAGGCCGGAGCCCGAACCGAGCGGGUGCUGGAUCCCCACCCGGGGUCUCCACCACCUCCAACGAGCCAUGUUCCAGGCUGCAGGAGCCGCCCAGGCCACCCCCUCUCAUGAAGCUAAAAGCAGUGGUGGGAGCAGCACUGUUCAGCGCUCCAAGUCCUUCAGCCUCCGGGCCCAGGUGAAGGAGACCUGUGCUGCUUGCCAGAAGACGGUGUACCCCAUGGAGCGGCUGGUGGCAGAUAAGCUCAUUUUCCACAACUCCUGCUUCUGCUGCCAGCACUGUCAUACCAAGCUCAGCCUGGGCAGCUACGCGGCACUGCACGGAGAGUUUUACUGCAAACCGCACUUCCAGCAGCUGUUUAAGAGCAAAGGCAACUACGAUGAGGGGUUUGGCCGGAAGCAGCACAAGGAGCUCUGGGCCCACAAGGAGGUGGACCCCGGCACCAAGACAGCCUGAGGCUCCACUGAUCUGUCACUAGUGCCCUAGAGGGCUUCAAAGGGUGGGAAGGAGAUUGGAGCUGGGGUAGGGGCAGGAUGGGAAGGGUUGAGGCCAUCUUGCUCAGGGGAGGGUUAUGGGGCAGGGCUCUGCUCCAGGAUUCCUUUGUUCUCCCUCAAUGGGUAGGGGUUGGGGAACCAGGAUUGGGGUCUGCUCACCACCUUGCUUCCUGCUUCUUUCAGCUCCACCCCACCCCAUCUUACCCCAUGGCCCCCUGGGAGGCCCCCAAGCCCAGUUUCCCUAUCGAGGUGCCUUUUCUCCAGCAAGGAGUCAGCAUGUCCCCCUCAGGGUCCCAAGCUCCCUCACUGCCACCUGGCACCCUGUGCGGCCCCCAUGUCUCCCUAUCUACCUCUGCCUUUAGCCUGGUCCUGAGCCAAGGAGACUGGGAGGACAGCGAGAGUGCUACCUGCUGGGCCUCACAAGAUGCCCAGCAUGGCCGCAUGGGGAAGGGAUGGGGAAGUAGAGCAGCCUUGCUCCGGUCAAGGCAGGACAUGCCCCAGCGGGGCUGCAGACCAUCUCGCACCACCCAAGUCAAGAAGCGGAAGCUAAAGCACCCGCCAGGCUGAGAGCCACAGAGACUGGCAGCGGGACUGGCCAGGCUGUGCUCCCCUUCCCUCCACCCCUUCUUUCUGCCGAUUUUGACUGUUGUGAUCAACCAACCCUGUUUUAAACCUGUUUAAACAGA